AUGAUUUUAUGUCCCCCUCUCGUGGCUGAUUUUGAUAUGUCCUGGAGUGAUGAAUCUUUUGGGAAAAAGUUCAAGAAUUCAGGAGCUACUCAUACUAAUGAUGAAGAGAGCAGUCGUCGUAUCACCGAAAUUUCACCUGAUACGUGGAGUUAUGAGGAUGUAGCUGUAUGGCUUGUCGAACAAGGCUUUCAAAAAUAUGCUGAUCUCAUUGCUUAUAAGCAUAAAAUCGAUGGUCGUACUCUUCUUAUGCUUACAGAAACAGAUCUACGAGAAAAACCUCUAGAAUUGAGUUGUCUUGGUGAUAUCAAGCGUAUUGCUUCAUCUAUUUCACUAUUAAGGGAUUGCAUGACACCAUCCUUUAAUCAAAAAUUGUUUGCUGAACAAAGUGCAGAACGUUCUGGCAUUGUUUCAUUAUCAAAUCGUUCGAAGGAGCUUUUAUCGUCCGCCGAUUGUAGAAGUCAAGAUAAUGCUGAUAUAAAAUUUUCACCUGAUACGAAUGAAAAUGAACAUUUUUCGAGAGACAUAACCGCAGACCCGUCUCACGAAAGGAGACUAAGACGAGUCCAGCUUUUAAGUGGAGAAAAUUUAAUUCGUCAGGUGGAAAGUCCUGAUACAAAAUCGAAGUCGCUCAUUAAAUUGGCGAUUGCUUUUUGUUAUUGUACGUCUUCUUUACUGAUUACGUCUUUUGUAAUGGCUCUCGUUCAUGAUCGUGUGCCAGAUAUGAAAACAUACCCACCAUUGCCAGAUAUCGUACUUGACAAUUUGCCUCUAAUACCCUGGGCAUUUCAAGUUUGUGAAGUUAUAGCGGUUUGUCUCGCAUUGUUGUGGUUCACGAUUUUGUUCUUCCAUAAACAUCGAGUUGUGAUAAUGCGGCGUAUGUUCUCUUUAAUUGGGACUGUUUUUCUGCUACGUUGUGUAACGAUGUUGAUUACAUCUUUAUCUGUGCCUGGUGUGCAUCUGGAAUGUCGAUCACAGAGUUAUGGUACUAUGGCAGCCAGACUUCAGCAAGCUUAUCAUAUCUGGUCACAUUUUGGUAUGUCUAUUCAUGGUGUUCGGUCCUGUGGUGAUUAUAUGUUCAGUGGUCACGCAACAGCAAUAACGUUAAUAAACCACUUUAUUACUGAAUAUACCCCAGAUUCAUGGCAUAAUUUACAUACGUUCACGUGGGUUCUGAAUCUAUUUGGAAUAUUUUUCAUCUUAGCUGGUCAUGAACACUACAGUAUUGAUGUGUUCAUUGCAUUUUAUAUCUCUUCUCGGAUGUUUCUAUAUUAUCAUGCAUAUGCGUAUCGUCAGUUCAGUUUAGUUGAAAACGAUAAUCGCAUGAGAUUAUGGUUUCCACUUGGCUGGUUUUUCGAAGCGGGGGGACAAGGCCGCGUCAAAAAUGAUUUCGACUUUCCUUUUUAUCUGCCAGUAAUUUCGUUAUCUUCAUUGUGCGAAAAAUUAUCUAUGCAAAGGAAAGGAACAAAGUCAGACCAAAAGCUAGCGGAGAAAAUUACUCGGAAUUCCAACAGUAUUUCAGUAGAUUUUAACAAAAAUUUAAAGAGACGGAAGAAUGGGAAGAAAUAG